AUGACCGAAACUACGGUUUUCUCGAAAGUCUCAGACGACGUCGUACUCAACAUCUUCUCCAAACUAGAAGACGAUCCUCGCAACUGGGCCCGCCUCGCUUGUGUCUGCACCAAAUUCUCCUCUCUCAUACGCGAUAUCUGCUGGAAAUCCAAGUGCAAUAAAACCAUCCCUUCCGUCGUCGCUGAUCUCCUACCCUCCCCUGACUCCUCCUUCCCCGGUGGCUGGUCUGCCCUCCACAAGCUCGCUGUCUGCUGCCCUGGCCUCCUCCACGCCGGUGUCCUCCUCGAGCACUCCGAUUUCGGCCUCGAACGCGAGCUGGGCCCCGACGAUUAUAUGCACAAAUCCAAAAUCACACCGUCCCAACCCCAACACCCUCAACAAGCGUCUCCUUCUAUUUCUAAUUUAGAAAACUGUGAUUCCUCUUGGUCCUUAUUCGAUGAUUUAUAUUACGACACCGUUUACAACGUAUCCGACUCACAGGAUGGUGCUACUACUAGUGGUGAAGGGAAUGGAGAGGUAAUCGGUGAUAAUGAUGAUAAAAGAGUUGAUGUUGGUGGUAAGGCGGGCGACGAUUUUUCUGUUAGCAAGAGAAGGAAAGUUUGUAGAUCUUUGAGGUCUCAUUUGGCAUCUGGGGUUUGGAAUUUGAGCAGAGAACAAGGGAAUAAACUAUUAGCCAGUCGGUUUCGAGGGGAUUGCUUGUACAUUUGUGAUUGGCCUGGUUGUGUGCACGUUGAAGAGAGGAGGAAUUAUAUGCUGUUUAGAGGGAUUUUUAAGAAUUUUCAGAAAUCGAGGGUUUGGAGGACGAUACAUGAUGGGAAUAGGAGCAAGAUUGAUUUGAAUUGUGCGUUUUGUGCAUGUAAGGAGACUUGGGAUUUGAAUUCCUCGUUUUGUUUGAAGAGAGGGUAUGGGUAUCAUGACGAUGGCGAGCCUGUUGUUCGAGCUUAUGUUUGUGAGAAUGGGCACGUCUCCGGUGCUUGGACUGAUUGGCCAUUGUACACUUGA